CUUCUUUCCUCAGUCCUAACCCACUUCAUUCAUUCAUCCAGCCCCCUCUCCUGCUUUUCUUUCUGGCACCAGUUUGUCCAGAGGUGUUCUGCUGCGGCCCGUCUUCCUAACUUGGUCAUGUUCCCCGUCUGCAGAGCCAAACACGCUGAUACCAUCUUUAAACAAGCUGCAUUACAGCCCGUCUGGCUGCUGCUCACUCCACCGACCAGUCCAGUUGGUGUCUGUCUCCCAGUGAGACCAGCAGUGUGAGACCAGCAGUGUGUGACCAGCAGUGUGUGACCAGCAGUGUGUGACCAGCAGUGUGAGACCAACAGUGUGAGACCAGCAGUGUGAGACCAGCAGUGGAUGGUGGGAAUUUGAGAAGAUGGCGAAGUGCAGAAACUUCAUGCAAGGGCUGUCCAUCAUCAUCACCGUGCUGCUGCUGGUGUGCGCUGUGUUCAUGACGGUGGUGGGUUUCUCUUCUGGCUACGGCAACAGGUUACCUACUCAGCUGGAGCCGUGGAGCAGUGAUCAUGGCGUGCUGCUGCUGAGGGUGUUCGGCCCCAUCACAGUGGUUCUGUCUGUACUGGGCAUCUGUGCUGCAACAACAGACAUCAAACCCCUCCUGCUCCUGCUUUCUGCUGUGAUGUUUGUGGAGUUUGUGGUUCUCAUGGUCGUCGCUUCACCGCUGGUUCAACUCCAGACACAGAUGGAUGGUGUGAAUGAUGAACUGUUUGUGAAUGUGACUCCUCUCUACAGAGAAAGCACUCAGUUUCAGACCAACCUCAACGAUCUUCAGGCCAAGGAAGCCUGCUGUGGUCUCAGGAGUUAUUCUGACUGGAAGGAACAAUUUCUUGCUUCUUGUAUCUGCAGCCCACUCAACCAACUACCACAUUCAGAGGUGGCGAACUCUACCAUAGAUGGUUCCUGUGUUUUGGCAUUAACCUCAUUAAAGGAGGAGAACUCGUCAAACGAGACAUGGGUUCAUGCCAAGAUGAAAACACUAUGCACCCUGUCAUUUUUCCUGGCAAAGUCCUACCAGACACCAACCAUCCACAUCACACACUGCUGCAGCCUGGGGGACCUGGAGACUGGUGGAUUAGUUGUUAUCUUAAACACAGCAGAUAAAAAGCCCUGUGGUCCAAUACUGAAGAGUAAUCUGAGCCUCCUCUUCAAACUCUGUAUAGGGGUCAUAUCAGCCGUCGCCACAGUGAUGAUUUCAGCCAUAGUGCUCUCCUUGGUAUUUGGCCUGGAGGAGUACUGGAGAGCGCCCCCUGUUGAGACCACAGUGGAUGACUACAACCGAGUGAAAUACCAACCCAAACCGUUGCUUACCUGACCCAUGACCUUUGACCCUUAAACCCCUGAGAGACUGCCAGACAUGAACGAGAACCCACUUAUUUACAAAGGAUGGAGGAUGUGGUAUAUUGUCAUCUAUUGUUGUAUACUGUACUGAUUGUAAAGCCCUUCCGGACUACCUUGUGAUUUUGGGCAAUAAAAUAAAUGACUUGGAAGUCCAACAAUGACAGAGACCCUGUCGACACAGAGAUGGCCAACACCAGAGCCCCACCUGAAACCUCCCAGCUACAGAGAUGGAUGGGUAGAUAUAGACAGACGGACAGAUGAGUGUGGCCCACACAGGGUUUGUGCAGACUUCGACAGGGAUGUGCUAAAAAACUGAAAUUUAAAUAUUGCUUAUUCUCCAGAGAACCUGUUGAUUAAAAUGUCUGCUGUCCGAUUCUGUUCAAAGUGUCAGUAACACCCUUCUCUGUUUUCGCAUUUUAACUUUAAUCCUCAGCUCGCUCCUUCUGUUCAUAUCAGAACACUGAGGGAAGUCUCACUAUCGCCUCCCAGCUGCUGAAUUCAGAAGUUCAUUGCUCAAGUAUAGAAAGAUGAAUUUGUGCAGAGGAUUUGUUUCGUCUCUUCUGCACUCAUAGCAUCAAACAAUGUGAGUAAUGGUCUCCAUAUUAGAGGAAAUUUCCGGGUUUUUUUUAGUAACAUGGUGAAUAUUACUGUGAAACCUAUUCUUUAAACACCAGAACCGUUUCCCUUCAGACACGUAAACACUGGCAAAAUCCCAGUAAAAUGCUAGAAGGCUUGGCAUGGCAGUAGCUUCUCUGCUAACAACAGCAUGUAGCCGGGAAGCUAAGCUAGCUUUAGCUUACCGAGGCACGUGACGUGCAACUAAUAAUUACGGUGAACAGCACUUGUGUCGUUCUCGGGGCUUCUGCAGGGAAACCAUGUGACUAUUGUCUGAUAUCUGCAGCAUUGCUGCACCACCCACUCUGACUUAGUUUCUGCUGUUGCUCAACUUUUUCUCAAGUUCAAGGUUGUAAACGAGACAACUAGUUGUAGCUCAACAUGGCGACUCAUCGCGAAGGAAUUCUUCUGCAUCACGAGAAUCAGUUAUAACUUCCCCGUAAACUUCCGGUUGAUUUACUACAGGGUGAGAGGGGGUGAAACAGAAAUAAAAGCAUUAACUUAGAAUUUAAGUUAAUAUUUCAAUUGUGUAUAACUUUAUUCAUUUCUAUUUUAUCCCAUUUGUUCAGCUGGGUUACUCGUGAUUUACUGGAGCGUAGGUUGUAAAACUGCAAACACAAACACGGCAAUACAUGACACAUUACAGUUAAAAUGAAAUAUGUGCAACGAUAUUACAACAACUUUCUUCUCCACAGCUUUCCAAAUUCCAGAUAAAUAAGAGUUAGGCAUCAUAACUUAUACAGACCAACAAACGUGUUAACUUAGAAAGCAACCUAUGCUAGCGAUUAGCUUAGUUGAUUAGUUAGCUCGACUCAUAAAACUAAUGACAACGAAUCAGACAGGUAGGAUGGAGCAAGCCCAUGUAGGAUUAUAUAAGUCAGCAGAAGCACCUUGUAUUCUGAUCUAACAUGGAUAGGAAGCCAAUGAAGGGAGGCAAGAAUUGGUGUAAUAUGGUCAAGUUUCCUAGUUUUAGUUAGGAUUCUAGCUGCAGCAUUCUGAACCAUCUGAAGACUUUUAGUACUAGAAUGUGGCAGACCUGAGAACAGAACAUUACAGUAAUCAACUCUGGAUGAAACAAAUGCAUGUAUUAGAAUCUCUGCGUCAGCCAUGGAGAGAAAAGACCGAAUUUUAGCCAUGUUACGUAAAUGAAAAAAGGCAGUCUUAGUGAUUUCUUUAAUGUGCUUAUCAAAGGAAAGGAUGGGAUCAAAAGUAACACCAAGAUUUUUGGCUGCCACACUUUGUGAAACCACAGAGUUGUCGAUUAUUAUCGUUACUUGAUCAAAUUGGUGUCUGUGUCUAGCAGGGCCAAUGACCAGCAUCUCGGUUUUAUCUGAAUUUAAAAGCAGAAAGUUAAGUGACAUCCAGUUUUUCACAGUAGCCAAGCAGGCCUCUAAGUUAGUGAUUUGAGUAUGAUCAUCAGCCCUUAUAGGCACAUACAGCUGAGUAUCAUCAGCAUAGCAAUGGAAAUUUAUUCCGUAACUGCGUAUAAUUUGGCCAAGAGGUGUAAUGUAAAGAGAGAAAAGUAGAGGGCCAAGAACUGAGCCCUGAGGCAAACCAUAUUUAAUGUCAGAGAAUUUUGAUAUAUUAUUAUAGCAGACACAAUGUGUUCUUCCAGAUAAGUAGGACUUAAGCCAAGAGAGAGCUAAGCCAGAGACACCAAAAUUACAAUUUAAUCUAUCCAAAAGUAUACAGUGAUCAAUAGUGUCAAAGGCUGCACUGAGGUCCAGUAGUAGAAGCACAGAAGUGGAAUCAGAGUCGAUCGCCAGUAGAAGAUCAUUCACCACUCUGGUCAGAGCAGUUUCAGUGGAGUGACAGGGCCUGAAAGCCGACUGAAAAGGUUCAUAUAGAUCGUUUUCUUUUAUAUGGGUCAAAAAUUGUUGAUACACAACUCUCUCAUUAGUCCAAGGCAGAAACAAUUUCGAUACAAUUUAAAUACAAUAUUCACAAUAUGUAUAUCCCUAGAAUAUACAAUCCCUGGUAACUGGUAUAUAAGGAAAAAAAAUAAAGAUAUGGGGAAGGAAAAAUAAAUGAAUAUGUUUAAACACUUCUAUUUGUGAAACUUUAUAUAGGCCUACUGUGGUCUGUGGUGACUAAAUAUCUUAGGUCAUCAGGCAAAGUUUUUAGUUUGCUUAGAUAUGUCAAAAUCGGACCACAGGUGGAGAAAAAUGUAUCACUGGACCCCCUAAGAGUGUACUUAAUCUUCUCUAACUGUAUGAAAUGCAUCAGACCACUCAACCACAUAGACACUUUAGGUGGGUGUUUUGAUUUCCAAUGUAGUAAAAUUCUUCUGUGAGCAAGCAGUGUUGUGAAAGCAAUGAUGGUUUUAUGGCUUUUCCUCAUUAUAGAGUGUUCCCCACCUGUGAUUCCAAAUAUAGCUGCUGCUGCAUUGGGUUGGAAAUCAAUAUCAAGUGCUUCCGACAGUGAUUUAAAAACCAUAGACCAGUAAGUUGUCAGAGCCGGGCAUGACCAAAACAUAUGGGUUGAGUUGGCAGGGGUGGUAUGGCACCUAUUUACAAUUUACGUCUGAAUUAGGGUAAAUCUUAGCUAGUCUUGCUUUAGAAAAAUGAGCAGGACGUAGGACUUUAUUAUAUACUUAGUCUUGCACAGGAAGUACUAUCAUUCACUUUUUGUAAAGCACAGUUCCAGUUGUCCUCAUCCAUGUCCUCUCCUAGCUCAGCUGCCCAGUCUGCCCUAAUCUUAGCAAGAGUUAUGUUUUUAAGAGAAGCUAUACAAUCAUGUAUCCUUGAAAUUAGUCCUUUAGAAUUAAAAGGGAUCUCUAGCAUACCAUCUAAAUCUGAGACUGAAGAUACGUUUGGAAAGUUGGGGUCAUGGCUCUGAAGGAAGUGGCGGACUUGAAAAUAUCGAAAUAAGCUAGACCGAGAGAGCCCAAAUUUGUGUGAUAAGUCAUCAAAGCUUGCAAAUACACCGUUUAUUUAUUCUUUAAAUUUAGAAAUACCUUGUCUUUGCCAAAAAGAGAACGCAGAGUCUAAUCUAGCUGGGGGAAAAAGGUGAUUAUUGCAUAUAGGACUCAUGCUAACACAAUGUUUGAACCCAAAGUUCCAUCUAAAUUGAAACCAUAUCUUGAGGGUAUUGACGACGACUGGGCUUUUAGUAAAGUGUGUAAUAGAAAGAGGAGAGCUGGAAGUGACCAGGGCUGUGAGAGAUGAUGAAACACAAGAUGUAGCCUCAAAGUCACAGCAGUCUGUAUCUGGCGCGUGAAGCCGAUACAUAAUUUUUUGAACAUUUGCAGCCCAAUAGUAAUAGCAAAGAUUUGGAAGAGCUAAGCCACCCUGUAAUUUAGGCCUUUGUAGUAAUUCUAUACGUACUCUAGGGAUCUUAUCGCUCCAUAUGAAUAAAAUGAAAGCCUUAUCAAUCGAUUUAAAAAAGGAUUUAGGAAGAUAAAGUGGGAUACAUUGAAACAAAUAAAGGAAUUUGGGAAGUACAUUCAUUUUAAUACAAUUCACUUUUCCUGCCAAGGACAAGUGAAGUAACUUCCACCUUUUCAGGUCUAGUCUGACUUUCUCAAAUAAAGGAGAAAAGUUUUCCUGAUUAAGACUUUGCAUGUCUCUCGUGAUAUUAAUGCCCAAAUACUAGUUAAAGCCAUUUCUAGACAUUUGGAACGGUAAGGCAUUACCUUGUAUUUGAAGAGCCAAGUCAUUAACAGGGUAACAUUCAUUUUUGCCAAAGUUUACUUUGUACCCAGAGAAUGUACCGAAGCUCUCCAAAGCAUGGAUAAUGUGAGGUGUGCUUAGAACUGGAUCUGAAACAUAUAAUAAUAAAUCAUCAGUGUAUAAA